UUGUUUUCGGAUCUCACACAUCAAAUUGUUGAACAUUGAUUAAUCCAUUCUAAAUAAAAUAUUUAUAAUAUUUAUCAAACAUCAAAUAGUUUUGAAUAUAUUAUUUCAUCGUUAUUGAAGCAUUCAGCAUACAGAAAAAAUGCCGCAAACUCUAAUAGAUCGAAAAUAUUUUCUUACAAGAUCGAGUGCUGAGGUUCUCAUUAAUCUGGUAAAUUAUUUAAAUGAUAACGAAAUUGAAGAAGAACAAUUACAGGAUAAAAAUGUUUUGACGACUAUAUUGCGUGAUGGGAUGAACAGAUAUGUAAACCAUCCACCUCCGUCCAUAUACUUAGACACGUUUAAAAGUACAAUUAUUACUUUUACAACGGAUUAUUUGAAAACUGUAAAUUUAUAUCGUAUCAAUACCGCCGUACUUCUCGUGGGAUGCAUUGAAUAUAUUUUGUUUCCCGAAUUGGACGAUGAAGAACUGAGAAAAAUAUAUCAUUGUAGCCACGUGAAGGCGAAAAAGAUAUAUAAUAAAUUGCGUGGUUUCCCAGAACAGAAAGAACAAAACGAUAACAUAGUUGUAGCAGCUAGACAAUUUUUUGAAUGCCUAAUUUUUAUACGAAAAAGUGAAUUUUUAAAAACAAUUCGAAAUUACUUGAGAGGCCUUGAGAUAGACUCUAACGAACUACAAUUUAUACGAACAAAAUCUAUUGAAGUAAUUAAAGAAAAGGCAGCUAACGUCAUUGCUCAACUACCAGUAGAUCUUAAGGGUACCAUCGAAGAUAAUGUACUCACGUCUGCUCCUGAAUUGAGCGUGUCGAAAUCAGUAAACCAUAAAUCUAUUUUACCUAACUCUAUAAAAAUGAUAAAAAAAAAAAAGCCGCUUCUCAUAACUCGAGAAUAUCUUAAUGCUAAAUGUAAUGCAAAGGUUAUCAUUAAUUUGCAAGAAUAUUUAAUUUUUGAGGAAAUUGAAAAAGAAAAUUUAGAUGAUAAAAAUAUUUUAAAGGAUAUCAUUCGUAAGGGGAUGAAAAGACAAGUGAAUAGCAACCCCGAACGAAUAGAAUACAGCACAUUAAAACGCACACUUCUUAUGUUGACACCUGAAUAUUUAAAGACAAUACAUUUAUAUCGAAUGAAUGUUGGGGUAUUGCUGGUUGUGUGUGUCGAGGUAUUAUUAAACGAAAAUAACGAAAACUGUAUCAAGGUAUAUCGUUGUAAUCAAUCAAGAGCAAUCAAAGAAUAUAACAAAUUGUGUGAUUUACCAAUCAAACAGAAACAACCAGCCGAUAUAGCUAAAGCAGCAUAUUCUUUUUUUCAUUGUAUGAUGUUUUUAAAAGAAAAUGGAUGCUUGAAAACCGUACGAUCAUACCUGAAAGCAAUAUCUGAUUAUAUUGACGAUGACGAGUUAUCUUACAUAAGAGACACUUCAAUUCAAUUAAUACAUGAUAAUGCAGCUAAGUACCGAGUUGAACCGACACAAAUCGAUCCGAUCGAUGAUCAUUAACUUCACCCAAAAACAAUCGGCAGCUUUGUCUGCCUACGCUAGUUGUGCCAUUGAUUCAUUAGUCGUAUCAGAAACUCUUAGUCAAAACUCUUCUCACCAGAUAAUAUUAGCUAGAAUGUCAAUUUUUCAAAUGCAUAACACUAAUGGCUCGAAUUGAAAAUCUCAUUUGACGCGAGGAUGCUUUAUAAAUGCAGUGGCAUUAGCUGUC